AAAUGCUGCAGUGGCAUGGUCUGGAGGAAUAAGCCAGUGCUCUCAGUCUCAAGGCCUGGCGUGAUCCCCCCCCCUGUUCUUUUUGAUAAACCAUGCUGAUAUUAUUGGUGUUGCUUGAUAGAGAGGAAGCAUUGAGAAGGCCCGAGUGUGGGUAUCAGACCCUCGGACGCACAAUCUGACACUGCCACUGCACAGGUUCCGCGGCGAUGGAUGGAUGGAGGCUUUGUCCUCACGGAUCCCUCCGUCCCCCCCCGCCGUCUGCCAGUCUUCUGCAUGUGAGCAGUCUACGUUUAUCUUUGGCCUACGAUCGAGAGAGGAGAUUGCUCCCGAGAGCAGCGCAAGCUUCUCCUUUGAGACAAGGGCCACGGUGGGUAUCCCCACUGGUACCAAAGAACAAGGUACAGGGAGAAGUGAAAACACAUGUAUCUAGAAUACGGAGCUGGCCCCGGCAGGAUCGCUCAGGAACCAGGAGUCGAGGAUUAUAGCCACUCUGGGGGAGGAGGUGAUUUUCCAGGCACCGGAUGGGGUUGACGGC